GUAUAGAGUGGUUGAAAGUAUCUGGGUAAAUGGGAUUUUAGGGUCAAGUAGAUGAAAGGGAGGGUCUUUUUAAAGCUUCCAGAGUAGCCCCGAGUGUCAUAUCCGAUCGUAAGACUUCACAAAGGAAUGAAGAACACACGACAUGGGUUUGCAGGAUUCUGGCUGAAAUGGGAUGUUUAUGAGAUGACAGUAUCAUCCGCAUAGAGGUAAUUAUCUGCGAUAUCUACUGUGGAGAGGACAGAUCAUAAGAUAAUUCCUUGGGGUACACCUGCAUCUUUGGAUUAGCCUGCUUAUACAGAGGCGCCAUUGAUAGUAUGCUGAUAACUGAUAACUUGAAAGUAUCUGGUUAAGUAGGAUUUUAGGAACAAGUAGAUAAAAGGGAGUUUUUUAGCAUCCAUAUUAGCCCCGAGUGUGAUGCCCGAUGCUUCAAUUCAUGAGCGAAGGAUGGCGGUAUCAAUCGCGAAAGGGUAGGAAUAUAUGCGGUGUAUUUUAUUAUCACCAUGUAGAGGAUGAUUCGUAAUAUACUUCCUUGGCGUACACCUACAUCUGUGCGUUAUCCUGCUGAUCCAGAGGAACCACUGAUGACAUGAAAGCCACCCUUCGACCCUCAACUAUAUUAGUUAUAUAUGUAGAGGGGUUGAAAGUAUCUGGUUAAGUAGGAUUUUAGGAUCACGUAGGUAAAAGGGAGUGUUUACGGGUUUACUAUUUUAAUAAAAACCACUCGUAUCAAAAACCAGUAUUUUACUACUCAUUACUAUACAUACAUUAACAUCACUCUACAACGUAACAGGUAAUAAUAAAACACUCAUUAACCGCCAAGACCCAAUCCGGGUUCUCCUAUCAGUCUCAACCACUACGUCACAUCUCGCAACAGGGAGGUCUUUUUUAAGCUUCCAAAAUAGCCCGAAAGUUAUACCUGAUGGUAGGAUUGCUUCACAUAGAAAUAAAAGACACAUGAAGAUGAGAUGGAUCGACCUGCUGUUGAACACCUUGGAAAAAGGAUCUUCGAAUGAAGAUUGUUGUGCUUUUUAUAAUUUUAUUGGCGAAGACCAUAAAAUCAGCAGAGAAUUGGGAAUGUCCUCAAGUGAGAAAUGUUUCUUGUAUGUGUGACCUUCCAAGGACAUUACGCUGUACAGGGACAAAUGGUGCUUUGCCUUUAAUCGCUCGCACACUGAGGAAACUUAAAUUUCCCAAUACGGUGUCACUCUUAGAUUGCACUAUACAAAAUCUCAGUUCUAUUCAGAGCCCUGUAUUUCAGGGUGUUUCAUUACUCGGCCUGGUGUUAUCUUCUGGAGAAAUUACAACUUUAAUCGAUAAUGCCUUCAUUGGACUGACUUCUCCACUUCAUGCUUUGGGGCUUCCGGACAAUAAACUUAAAACUAUCCCCAUUAAAGCGAUUGAAAAACUAAAGGCCUUGACUAGAUUGGACUUGUCGUAUAAUGAAAUAGAAACUUUAUCUGAUAUGAGUUUGAAGGGACUUCACUCAUUAAAAUUUUUGGAUUUGACUGGAAAUAGAGUGACUAAAAUAAGCCCACUUGGAUUUUCUAAUUUAAACAAGUUGGAAGUUUUGAGAUUAAAAUUAAACAACAUUGAUAUAAUCAAAAUGAAAAAUAUCAAUGGCCUAGUGAACUUAAAAGAAAUAGAUCUGAGUAAUAACCAAUUGGCAGGGCCGUUGAGUGAUGGUAUAUUUCCUCUUUUUCCAAAACUCCAGAAUCUAAACUUGGGAUAUAAUCAACUAAGCAGCGUUACUAAAAGAGCAUUGGCAGGCCACAGCCACCUUGAAACUCUCAUAUUGAAACAUAAUUUGAUCGAUGUCUUAGAAGAUCAUGCUUUCGAAUCAAUACCGACACUCAAAACCCUUGACUUGGCGCACAAUCGGAUAGUCACUGUCGCUGAAGCAUCGUUAGCACACUUGCCUAAUUUAAAAUCACUCGACGUUUCAAACAAUUUUCUCCGAGCUAUAACACCUGAUCUGGUGAGAUCACUGACAGGUUUAGAGGAAUUAAAACUUGAUGAUAAUGAUAUAUCGAUGAUAACUAAUGGCGUACUUGCACCGCUAAAUUUAAAAGAAAUUUCAUUAGCAGACAAUCCUCUUAACUGCGAUUGCAAUCUGAAAGAUUUUGCAGAUUGGUUGAAAAAAUCUAAUGUUACAAAAGAGAGUAAAUCAUCAGCAGUUUGCGCAACACCGCCUUCCUUGGAGAACGGAUUGGUAGAUGAUUUGAAGGCGCAAGAUUUCAUUUGUGAUGGAAACGACGAAUUUGAUUUCGACAUGAGCAAUCAUCCAGUAUCCAGGUCAAAAAUAAUUUAUCUUGGAUACAAUUUUGAUGGAACGAAAUUGUCCUUGAUGUGGAACUUAAAUCAUGUGCUUUCAUACACAUGUUACGCUUUACUCAUGUAUGAAGAACUCGGCAAUCAUGAAAUUUUAUUGGAAAGCAAUCGUCUUCGAUGCAAUUCAAACACGAUGAAAGAUCCUACUAAUUUGGUAGUCGGAUUAGAUGCUCCCCAUUUGCAAAUAGGUCACCGAUAUAGAUAUAGCCUUGUUUUAAUCGAAAAAAACCUAAGGAAUGAGACAUACCGUUUAAUUGGCAGAAGCGAUGUCUCUUUACUUCAGAAGAAUAUGUCACAAAUUCUGUCAUUAACUGCAAACGUAACAUCACCAGGGACAAUAUUUAUAAACACUAACAUUUGGCCACAAAAUGAAAACUGUUUCGUCACUUUACAUAUAAUGACUCUGUCGAAAACUCUCCAGCAAAUGAAUUUAAACUGUUCAUUUAGAAAGCUAACAGUCAAAGAGGUAGAAGACAGAGGCCCUUACAAAAUAUGCGCAGUUUUAUCAAAUAAUCUAGGCCGUUGUGUUUGGGUCAAUUCUGUCUCAGAGUUCCAUAGAUUUCUUUAUCCUUCGGCAAUAAUGGCAACUUUUCUCUUGUCGCUCGCCAUCCUGGCUUUGCUAAUUUUAGCUUAUAAAAAGAUAUACAGGAAAGUUCGACAGAAAAUCACCCCAAACAUGGCGCACGAUCUACUAUAUGCAAGAUAUACAAAACUUCUAGGGACUACACGAUUAUAGAACAUUUUGUACAUAAAUUAAUUCAUGUUACAUACUACCAAAGGUUCUUAAAUUAUUCACUUCUGUAUUUCUCUUUGAAACCGUAUUCUGCACAACUAAAACUUUAAAAAAAUUUCCUCUCAAUUUCUUUAAAAAAAACUAUAUACCAGAUAUGAUUUCACGUCUAGUGAAAGAUUUCUUUUUUUUCUAGUUAAUAUGUAGUACAUAUCCUAGUCAUCGAAUAUGUUCCUUUUACGUUUAAAAAAAAAUUGAAAAACAUAUUGUGCCAUGAUUACUUUAACUAGUUUAACUUUUAUUGUCUUGCUUUUAACUUUUAUCACGCUAAAUAUAAUGUAAGCUAUGUGAAACCUUAGUAUACAAAAUUGUCAUUUCAUCAGCAGAAAAUCAAAUUAUAUACUUGCAAUUUUUUUCUGUAUUAACAGGAUUGUAACUAUAAAUUUAAAAGAAACAUCAUUUUAAAAGAAAAACGUCUUUUAAAAUCUUAAUGUAAUAUAAAUGAUAAUACACCGUUGAAUUAACUUGAACUUGCUACCACUUAUAUGUAAAUACAAAAAUUAAAAUAUUAUAUUGAUUCUGUGUCGUAUGAAAUGGCAAGCACACAAAAUCAUUGUGUAUGAUGGAAACUCUGUGAUGAAUCAUUCUGACCAUAAUGAAUAUAUACAUGAUUAAAAAUUUGACUUUUUGUAAAUACUAAUACUUGAAUCUGUAAAUAUAUUUAUAAAGAAAUUUACAAAAAAAAAAAAGGUGUGAAAAAGUGUAUAGUAAUGUAUAAUAUAGAAAUUUACAGAUGUAUCUUGUUACGAUAGUGUACUUCACUAACCCAGUUGAUAUACAAAUUAAAAGGAUUGUUUUGCCUAAU